GCUCCUCUGCCUCCCGCGCGUCUCUCUCCCUCCCCUUCCCGCGAUCGCGAGCGGACGCACUGCCCUCCAAUCCAAACCCGCACGGAAAACGGAUCGUGCGCGCGCGAUGGACGAUUGGCGCUGCCGGAGGCACCCGCCGCUGACGCUGCCCGGCGGCGGCGUGUGCCCGCACUGCCUCCGCGACCGCCUCCUCCGCCUGUGCCCCGACUGCGCCUGCCCGCGUCCCUGCGCCUGCUCCCCUUCCUCCCCUUCGUCCUCGUCCUCCGGCGCCAGCGCGAUCGGCCGGGUCCACAGCCUCAUCGAGCGGGAGCACCGGGUCGCGCGCUCGCGCUCCGUCGCCGCGCACGGAUCCGUCGGCGUCGGCGGCGACCAGCGGCGGCCCAAGUCCGGGGUGUGGGGCUGGGUGUCGUUCCGCAAGCCUCCACCGCCACCGCCACCGCCGGCCGCGGCCGCGGGGUGCAGGGACGUGGAGCAGGAGUACGACGACGCGGUGGCAUUGGCGAGGUCCAGGUCGGUGUCGUCGAUGGCGGAAGCGGCAGUCCCGGAGGCCAAGGGGCCGCCUAAUAAGGCGGCGCGGUGGGGGAAGCUCAUCCCAGGGAAGAUCAAGGCGCUGCGGAACCGGAAGCCCCGCCCCGCCGGCGACUGGCGGGACAGCGUGAGAUGAAACCCAUCGCGUUGCAGUUCAGGUGACUUUGCUGUUCAUUCAUUCCACGAUCUAGGUGGGUGUUGGCUGAUCGAGCGAACGUGCGUGCAUCCAGUUUGCGCUAAUUUGCUGAUUCAAUCUGUUGCUUUUGUAUUCUAAAGUUUAUUUGGUACUCCUGAUUACGAUCACAGAAAAUGUAAAUAUGCCAGUGGUUCCCAAUUGUGCAUUUCUCCGCUUAUCACAACACAUUUUGAAGAAAAAAAAAA